GUGUUUUUGUUCCGUUCAUAUGAUUUUAUUUCCGCUCAUAUAUAAUUGAUAUAGGCUUAACAUAAAGAGUCAUCUUUUUUAUGUUCGGGUUGCGGAUAAAUUACUAGAGACAAAAGUAUCAAAAUCAGAUAGGCACGAAAAUGGAGCAUAUGUUUAUUCUGUUCAUGUUGAUUGCAUCUGUCUGUGCAGUGAGCUGGCCACGUGGAAGGUACUCGCUUCCGAAAUCAAAAUCAGGAUGCCCACCUGGAUGGGCUGAAGGAUGUAGAUAUCAGGAUAAUGAAGAUAUACAUAAUGUUAACGACGUUAGCUACAACCAUCACCUCAGUGGAAUUUUUGGCAGAAACACGAAGCUGUGUUACUGUACAAAAACAUCCUACAGUGGAUCAGGAUCCUGGCCACGUGGAAAUUAUUGUAUUGCGAGAUAUGGUCGUUCAUGUCCUUCCGGAUUUAGAACAGGCAGUAUCUAUUGGGAUGAUGAAGACCACAACAAUGCUAAUUCAAAGAAUGGAUUUCUUCCAGAUGGAACAUAUAAUAGAAACACAAGGAUAUACUACUGUUGCAGAUCUGAUGGACCUUCUUACAGAAGCAUAGUAUUACCAACUAGUAAGCCCUUCUAUUUGUACCAUUACACAUCAACACUAUGCCAGCGUGUGCGAGGAAUGAGCGCACGUGAGGAAUUUGUGAAAACAGAUGAUGAGGAUACUCAUAACUACAGUGCCGAUGGUGGCAGUCAUCCAAAGAAAACUGAGACAACCAGAAUACACUACUGUUAUUAUUAUUGCAGUACAAUUAUCAAUGGAUAUUUGCCCAAUCCAUACGACUGUUCGUCCUUCAUACAAUGUGGACAUGGUAUUUCUUAUACCAUGCCCUGUCCCGUUGGACUACACUGGAACCGGCGUAUUAAUGUUUGUGACUGGCCCUCAAACGCUGGUUGUGUCAUAGUGAGCUGGCCACGUGGAAGGUACUCGCUUCCAAAAUCAAAAUCAGGAUGUCCACCUGGAUGGGCUGAAGGAUGUAUAUAUCAGGAUAAUGAAGAUAUACAUAAUGUGAACGAUGUCAGAUACAACCAUCACUUUAAUGGUAUUUUCGGCAGAAACACAAAGCUGUGUUACUGUACCAAAAUAACAUAUGGUGGAUCGGGAUCCUGGCCACGUGGAAACUAUUGUAUUGCCAGGAAAGGGGGUUCCUGUCCUUCUGGAUUCAGAACAGGCAGUAUAUAUUGGUUUGACGAAGACCACAACAAUGCUAAUUCAAAGAACGGAAUUCUUCCAGAUGGUACCUAUAAUAGAAACACAAGGAUAUACUACUGUUGCAGAUCUGAUGGAUCUUCCUACAGAAACAUAGUAUUACCAACAAGUAAGCCCUUCUAUUUGUACCAGUACACAUCAACAUUAUGUCAGCGCGUGCGUGGAAUGAGCGCACGUGAGGAAUUUGUAAAAACAGACGACGAAGAUAUUCAUAACAACACUAGUGCCGAUGGUGGAAGCCACCCAAAGAAAACUGAGAGAACCAGAAUAUACUACUGUUAUUAUUCUUAAUGAUUUUACUUAUCUUAAGAAAUUAACACAACCAAAGUACACUUCUGAUAUUACUCUUAGUGACUUUACUUAUCUUAAGAAAUUAACACAACCAAAGUACACUUCUGAUAUUACUCUUAGUGACUUUACUUAUCUAAAGAAAUUAACACAACCAAAGUACACUUCUGAUAUUACUCUUAGUGACUUUACUCAUCUAAAGAAAACUGACACAACCAGAGUACACCACUGUUAUUACUCUUAGUGACUUAACUCUUCAACUAUUUGUCAUCAUAGACUAUAAGCCUGUUACUUUGAUAAAUUUACUCUUCUUUCAAUUUUUACACUGUGAUCUUUUGCUAUAAUAAAAGAAUUAUACUCAA